AUGCUUCACAGAGCCCCGAGCAUCGACCCUCAGUAUGUCACCUGCAAGGUUUGGGCAACUCGUGUGUUGCGGGGGAUUCGCGCGCGACUCCGAAGACGCCCCGUAAUCCUUGGCUUGCAACCGUGUGCCAAGUGGAUCUCGGGGCCGGCAUCUCGGCAUGUCUUCCCCACCUGCCCCCUGAGCCCCACCGAGUUCGACUGCAGGAACGAGGGCCGAAGCACCGAUGUACUUCGAGUCCAGGCAGGCAAAGGCACACGCAACUCGGCUCCUGUGUCGGCACCAGUGCUUUUUUACGCCACUCCGGAGCUUCGGCACCGCCAGCUCCGCACCAAAGCCAUGGCGAAAGGCCUUACCAUAAUCGCUGGCUUGCGAAAGGCGCAGCAGGAAAAGGAGCAGGGCCUUCUGAGAUCUUCUGAGGCUUCGGAGAUCUUCGGAGCUUUGCAGCUUCGGCGAUGCGGAAACUUUUGGGCAUUACAAGAAGUUGGGGGCUUGCUGGGCUGGCGGCUAAGCCCAUGA